AUGAUUCCGUUGUUCGCCAUCUUUUUGAUCGGCGCAGCUUCCGCGUCUUACUGUGGACAGUCGGGUGUCCCAUUCAGUUUUGAGGUAAUUAUCUUAAUUGAAAAAAUAUGACAUAUUAUGUUAAUAUAGGUUUCAAUUUUUAUUAAUAUUAUUUUAAAGUUUAAGAGAAUAAGAUUAAAAUUUUUUAUUUAUUAAUUAGAAGUAUAAGUCUAAAGUAGAAAAUAAAGAAGAUACAUGAUACUUAUCUUACUGUCAUAACUUUCAGGUUUUGUCAAACGGUCAACCAGUUUUGGGCUGUGCUCGUCCAAUUUGCUUUGGAUGGGGAGCCAAUGGAAAACGGUCAGCUGAUGCGGCCCAAUUCUACCAAAUCGGAAGCAACAUGGACGGCUUCUUGAGGUCAUCAGACCGAGCUGGACCAGCUGUCAAGAACGCUUCUAUCUUCCAACCGCAAUUUUCGGUAUGUUAAAUUGAUCAAUUUUUAUUUUAUCUUGUAUUUUUUAUUGAAUAUGUACCGCUUUUGGAUACAUCAUUUUGGUUUGUAAGUAAUAAUAUUUUUAGAUAUGUGAUAGAAACUUCAUGGCCGACCGUUGUAUGGGCCAAAACGAAUGGGUCGGUGGAAUCUUCCCUCAGGGCCACAUUGACUCGAACGAACCGUAAGUCGCUCAAAUCGUAUAAAAUCAGCAGUAUCUCCAAUUCCAUAAAUUUAAAUUCAUAACCAAAUGUUUAGAAUGAAAGUGAUGUGCUGUACCUAUGAAAAGCUUCGUACUUCUCAAGAUCGUGGAAUCCUGAAGCUGCGUCCAGGACAAGCUGUUCAAGGUGGAGAGAUCAGAAACGAAGAAGGACGUCAACAAGGAUUCGAGUAUGUUUCUAGUGUCGAGAGAAUGUUUGACGAGCACGGUGUUGUGUAUACUUUGCGAAUGAGAAGUUUUGGUUGUGUACCAGAACCAAACGGACCUGCUUCAGUGGAAGAUGGAGCCGCUAAGUAUCUUGUAGACAACAUUAACGCUAUCGACCAUCCAACCACCAAGGCUCCACCUUCACGGUCAUCUACUCCGGCUCCUGAACUGCCAAACCUUUUGGGACUUCCAACUUUAGGACCACUUCCAGGAUUAGGUCAAGGUGGAGUUCAAAACCCAGCUGGUAACGCUUUUGGUCCAAUUCCACCUGUACAAGGGUUAGGCGAUCCUUCAAACCGGGUGCCAGCUGACAACGAAAGUCCCACCUUUGAUGAGAGGACCUUCCAGUUACCAGAAGAAAUGCCAGCAGAAGACCCAGUUGCCAUUCAACAGUUCUCAGCUCGUGCUGGAGCCUCAAACCCACGCCCAGUACCAAUUGCUCAACCUUACGAAGAGGAUGAAGCACCUAUCGAGCAAAACUUUGCUCGUGCUCACAGUGCUCCAAUUGUACCAGUUGAACAAGUCGUUUCUCUGCCAUCUCGUCCUCAACCUCAAUAUCUCCGACCUCAACCAACUCCUACCCAACCUCAGAUUCAACUCCAGCUGCCCCAGAAUCCAUUCGGAGUUAUGGGACUCGGAAACCCAUUUGGUCAACCAGCAGCCCCAGCACCAACCAGAGCCCGUGCUCACGGUGUCAGAACUUAUGGUCCUGGAGCCGACACUUCUCACGGACAGCCGGCUAGACGUUGGGGACCUCAAAUCGUUGAGCAACAAUACCAACAACAACAACUCCAACAGAUGUUCAACCCCUUCGGAUGGAUGGUUGAGACUACACCAACUCCACCAGCAGCUCGCGAGCUUCCCAAUAUCAGAAUCCCAACAGUUGAAGAGGUGGAGAACGCGGUAAGGAUUAUUUUAUUACUUUACUUACUCUAGUAGUACUUUGGGCUGAAAACAAAUUGAAAAGACAAAAGAGAGCCCAUCUGUCAAUUAGAAACAAUAUUUUGACCAAAAGUGAUCUAUGAUCGUUUCAAAGCGAAAACAAUCUUUUAAAAAAAUCUAUUUAUUGUACCCUUCAACUUACGCUAAUCAAUAUACUUUAGAUCCCCAAAGAAGGAAAACAAAUAAUCUCAGACGUCGCCCGGACAUUCCUAGCCGCCCUCCACUAA